AUGAGCGUACCUAUCGUGACACGAGGCGGCAAGAAUGGGGGCGGCGGUUGGGGCGGCGGUGGGGGCGGCGGUUGGGGCGGCGGUGGGGGCGGCGGUUGGGGCGGCGGUGGGGGCGGCGGUUGGGGCGGCAAAAAUGGGGGCUUCAAGUUCUUGGUCUCCCCACUCCGCACCGAUCUCCAGCUCGCUCUCACGGAUUCAUUACUCAGCGGAGCGUUCAUCGACGUCAAGCUCUAUGCAUGCUCGCGGCGUCUCCCCUCGGGGCGCGUCGAUAGACCAGGCGUGCUCUACGCCAAUAGCAGAGUGCUAAAGGCUGCGUCGCCGUACUUCCAAGGAUUACUGGCAGGCGGAUUCGCAGAGAGCUUAGGCGCUCUUGAUGGAGAGAUCCACGAGACCAAUCUCAGUGCAUAUGAUUAUGAGUCCGACAGUGAUUUGGAGGACGAUGGGGGUGAAGACGAAGGAGAGGCAAGUGAUACUCAAGCGCAACCGGGGCCGAAGAAGAUUGUCGAAUCGACGGGUAGCACAACCGGUGCUACCACUACUCCUACAAUACAGGCAGUGGGGACGGCAGGUGGAGACAUUCGCACAGUCAUGAUCAAAGACUCUGCAUACACGACAUGGCAAACCCUCCUCUUUUAUCUCUAUACGGGGCAGGUCCAUUAUGCGCCUCUAAAGUCGCAAGGAGUAGAGUUCAGGCAAUCCGAGACUCGCAAGUAUCGGGCGACUCAUCCUCGUCGGCCCCCACCAUGCUCCCCCAAAUCGAUGUACCGUUUGGCAGAUAUUCUUGGUCUCGAUGAACUCAAACGAUCUGCAGCAUAUGCUAUAAAGGAAAAGCUGUCUGCGAAGAAUAUUCUGGAUGAACUGUGCUCGACUUUCUCAUCUCGGUACAGCGAUAUCAAGGACGAACAGGUCAAAUAUUUCGAAUCGCAUUGCAGGAAUACCGAGAUGGUGCCACAGCUGCGGAGCAAACUCGAACUUCUUUCGAGCGGAAAUAUCGACCAUUCAGUCCCUGCGCUCGUCGACCUGUUUUGCCUUUGCUUGAUUGAAGUGAAGGCCCCGUCUUCUCCUACCCCUCCUUCCUUCGCAGAACACGCUACUAGCGCUAAGCGGACUGGAUUUCGACGGCCGUGGUGGAAUAUCGUACGAGAUUACGAUACUGCAAUCUGUCUAAGCUAUAGCUUCCCUGUGGGUCGUGUGAUCUUCUCCGUAAAUUCGUUCCCGGACAUGCCUUCAUACCUUAUAACCGGUGCUAGCAGAGGUAUUGGCCUCGCCUUUGUCGCAGAACUACUUCAAAACGCGAGCAAUAUCGUAGUUGCUACUGCACGAAACCCCGAUGCCUCCCCAGGACUCCGACAGUUACAGGAGCAGUAUCCAAAGGAUCGGCUGGCGAUAGUGCCAAUGGACGUUGCGGACACCAGUAGCGUCCUGCAGGCGGCAGAAACAGCAGCCGCGCUCCUUCCAAAUGGUCUCGAUUGGCUCAUCAGCAAUGCGGGAGUCGCUCUCCAGCCGGGAGUUACUUAUGAAGACUGCAAUCUCGACGCACUUGAGCAAGAGCUACAAGUCAAUACCAUCGGCCCGAUCAAAGUGGUCCGCGCCUUUCUGCCCUUGAUUCGGCAGGGCGAUUUGAAAAAGAUCGCUCUAAUCUCGUCGGGGCUUGCAUCACUGGAGAUGGCACCUGCGUAUUGUGAGAUUAGCAACACAUACGCCCUCACGAAGGCAGCCCUGAAUAUGCUGGGCCGCCGGUGGGGUACAAUGCUUCAAUCGGAAGGUAUCACAAUGAUACUCAUUGAUCCAGGGUGGGUUGCGACCGACAUGGGCCAUACUAUAGAUGACUGGAUGCGACAAAAAGCACCAGACAUUCCGAGCUACACACCUCGACAAUCUGCAGCAAGAUGUCUGCGGAUCAUCAGUGAUUCCAAGUUGGAAAAUGCGGUGGAGUUCUACUCAGUCGAGGGUGUCAAAGAUCCCUGGUGA